AUGGUCAAAAUAGGCUGGUUGACCUUUAAUGCUAACGAAAAUAAGCAUGCUUGCCCCUACCACCGUUGCGAGGAUCAUGUCAUUCAAAGUUGUGAUGAGUUUAAGGCUUUGGUUCAAAGGCUGAUGGAUAGUAAAGAUAUGGAAUUUUACCAUAAAGCUAAGAAAGAGAAAGAGAUUGAGAUUUGCGCUUCCGAAGACACAUCUAAGGGAGUUUACAAUACCAACUGCCCUUUAGUCAUCACACCGAAAGCCCAGACUAUGGAAAGGUUAAUCCCUAAAAUAGUGAUCACGCCUCCGUCGUCCUUUCCUUAUAAGGACAACAAGCAGGUCCCUUGGAGGUAUGGAUGCCAAUUAAAGAAUGUUGAGAGUUCAGAGGCUGCUAAGGAAGAGGUGGACGAGGUAGGUCAUUUCACCAGAAGUGGGAGAUGUUAUUCUUCCAACCAGACCAGUGAACCUGAGAAAAGGAUGACCGUUGAUAAAGGAAAAAGGGUUGAGAUAUUAUUGAAAAAUGAUGAGCCGACAAUUAAUGAGCCUGUAACCGAGAAUGAUGCUACCUUCGUACCGAAAGAUGUACCAGUGGAAAAAAUAGACCGACUGGUUGCAAAUAUUCAGGCGGAUAACUUCAUCUCUUUCUCUGAUGACGAGAUCCCGUCCGGAAUGAUGGGCAAUCCCAAAGCCCUGCACAUUACCAUCCAAUGCAAGGGACAUGCGUUAUCGCGAGUACUAAUUGACAACGGCUCUGCCCUGAAUGUGAUGCCAUUAGUAACCUUGAAGAAAUUACCAGUCGAUAGUACACACAUGAGAAAUUGCCAAAGCAUCGUUCGAGCUUUCGACGGAACAAAGAAGGAGGUGCUGGGGAAGAUUGAUAUUCCUUUAACCAUAGGCCCAUCAACAUACGAGGUUGAAUUCCUUGUAAUGGAUAUAAUGCCCUCAUAUAACUGCUUGUUAGGAAGGCCUUGGAUCCACCAGGCAGGAGUCGUUCCAUCUACUCUGCAUCAGAAACUCAAAUUUGUAAUUGAGGGGAGAUUGGUAUGCCUUAAUGCCGAGGAAGAUAUCAUUGCUUCCAUAUCUACUACCGCUCCAUAUGUUGAAGUAGAUGAAGAUGCAGUCGAGUGCUCUUUCAGAGCCCUGGAAUUUAUUAAUGCCACAUUUGUUGCUGAAAGAAAGAAAAUUCCAAAGCCUAGGUUAUCAAACUGUACCAAAAUGGGACUGAAAAUGACCCUGGGAAGAGGAGCCAAGGUUGGAAGAGGGCUAGGGAGUCGCUUACAGGGGAAUAUUAGUCCAGUUUUUCCCGGUUUUAAGCUAGAUCGUUUUGGUCUAGGAUAUCACCCGACCUUAAAGGAAAAAUUGAAAAUGUUCAAAAGAGCCAGGAAAAGAGAGCCAGGGGGCCACAUGUUUCAGGGGGACCGAUCAUCUAAAGAGCCUAUUAUUGAAAAUGCCCUGAGGGAUUUGGGUAUAAAUGUGAUAUCAGAGGAAGGAAUCGAAGAUGGAGUGGCUAUGGACAUUUACCCUGCACCACCAGGCUUU